AUGGCACCUGGUGGUGGACGAGAUUUUAACUGCACCUGGGAGCAUUGUAAUAAGUCCUUCAAUCGCAAAUCAGAUCUGUGCAGGCACUAUCGGAUACACACCAAUGAGCGACCGUAUCAUUGCACGGUCAAGGACUGCAACAAAAGCUUCAUCCAACGGAGUGCAUUGACAGUGCAUUCGCGAACGCAUACCGGAGAGAAGCCUCACGUCUGUGACCACAGAGGAUGCCACAAGGCCUUUAGUGACUCAUCGAGUCUCGCUCGUCACCGAAGGAUCCAUACUGGAAAACGGCCGUAUAUCUGCCAAGAGCCAACGUGCGAACGAGCCUUCUGCCGCAAAACGACCUUGACCAAGCACCAACACCGCUCCCACCCCCCAGGAUCCAUGACCCGACUGCCCUCGGAAGAUGCGGUUUCCGAGCACUCGUAUCAAGGGCCGGUCGCCGUUCCUGUGCCGAAUGAACAGUAUCUCUUAGCCCAGCAACCCUACUACCCUCAUACCCCGACGCCAACUCAUGAGUUUUAUCCCCACCAGAGCCUACACAUAACGCCGGUGCCCAUACAAGAACAGCCACCAAUCGUGACUCAGCACAUCCCUGUCACGUCGCCGGUUGACGUACAGCGUGCUCAGCAACACUACAUGCAGCUUGUGCAGCAACAACAGCAGCAGCAGCAGCAGCAGCAACGAUACGAUCCUGGCCGUCAGGGCUAUCUGCCACCGGAGUUCCAGCAACCAUACCAUACCCUACCCACAGCGGAAGGCCCACCGCUGAUGGUGACCAGCACUCACAGUGACUACAAGCCGCCGGCCCGCAUCCUGAACCAGCCCGAGGGGACGGACUGGGGCUUCCUGGGGGUUGGCUAAUGAGCCGACGAGUGCCUUUGCAUGAUUCGACAGCGAGUGUUUCAGACUAGGAGUUACAAUGCGUUUGUGCUUUGAGUGAUGCCCUAUCAUGACUGUCAUUUACGAGUCCUUAAUUUGGUCAGACGCCUCAUCCGCUGCUAUUCCUUUAUUUUUCUUCAUCUACGGCAUAACGCCUUUUGUGAUCUUUGCGGACUAUGAUGUUUCCUUUGGUUAAGUUGCGCCCCUCCUUCGUCAAAAGGCUGCGAAGAGGUUUUAUUUUUGUCAUAUUCUUGAUACCUUGGCAAAUGAUGCAAUUUGCUUUUUUAUACCAGCAUAGCCUAUAUGUUCGCUUUGGGUCUAAAUGAC